UGUACAAGAAUUUUAUCAGUGGUGAAUAAAACGAAGCCUUAAUUAAUUCUGUUUCUACUGGAAAGCAUGAUACAAUAACCACUGUAACGUCCAGACAAAAAGGGUUUCAGACAGCAAUGAUUGACAGAUAAGUCAACUGUCAGCCACGUAAAGUGUUAGUGUUAGACAGUAGCCCAGGAAAAACCAGUUGCUGAAGGUGGAACCCCAAUUCACACCACAAUCUGCAGCCAGGAAGCAAUGGAGAAAAUUGUGGGAAAGGUACCUCACAAUAUAUUGCAGAGUGAAGAUUUGUAUCAGUACAUACUGGAGACUAGUGUGUACCCACGUGAAUCAGAAUUUCUGAAGGAGCUAAGGGCUUUUUACUCUACUGCACCAGAUGUAGGUCAGUUGAUGGCCAUGCUGUUGAAGCUAGUUAAUGCAAAAAGGACUAUUGAACUUGGAGUUUACACAGGAUACUCUCUUCUCCUCACUGCUCUUACAAUUCCUGAGGAUGGCAAGAUUAUAGCCAUAGAUGUAAAUCGGGAGACAUUUGAGAUUGGGUUGCCGAUUAUUAGGAAAGCUGGUAUUGCAGACAAAAUUGAUUUCAUUGAGUCGGAAGCUUUACCAGUUCUUGAUCAGCUACUGCAAAAUAUAAGGAUAUAUUUCCUUUUAUUAUUAAUAUUCUUUCCUGAUUGCCACAAUAUGAUCUUAUUAUCUCUAUUUCCUCUAGUUUUAAAUUUUAUUCAGCUCAUCAGUUUACUACCACAGUAAAGUCUUCAAGUUUCUCUUUCUUUU